UACUAAUAUUCAAAGAUGCAGACUCUUUAUCUGGACACAGAUAACGUUUCCCCACCCUCAAACAACUGUAAUCUCCAGGGAAAGAGAUCAGAAUCACCAACACCCAGCUGUAUCUCCAUGAAGAGCGAACAGUCUAUGGAGGUUCCUCCAAAGUUUAAAGAUGAAGAGUCCUCUCUUCUACACAGUGUUCUACAAAAGGCAGAAGACAAAAGAGAAACAAACAUCAAAGAAACAUGGCACAACUCAGAAUCUGCUGCUGGAUAUGAAUUCCAGAAAAAGUUCAAAUUAACCCUAAUGAAGAAGUUUCAGUGUUUGAAUGGACUGAUAAUAAACCUGGGAACCCAAACACUCCUGAAUGAGAUCUACACAGAGCUCUACAUCACAGAGGGAGACAGUGGACAAGUCAAUAAUGAACAUGAGGUGAGACAGAUGGAGGCAGCAUCCAGGAGAAGAACAACAGAGGAAACACCAAUCAAGUGCAAUGACAUCUUUAAGCCUUUAUCUGAACAAGACAAACCCAUCAGAACUGUGCUGACAAAUACAUCAUCUAAACAAGACAAACCCAUCAGAACUGUGCUGACAAAUACAUCAUCUGAACAAGAGAAACCCAUCAGAACUGUGCUGACAAAUGGAGUCGCUGGCAUCGGAAAAACCGUCUCUGUGCAGAAGUUCAUUGUGGACUGGGCUGAAGGGAAAGUAAAUCAGGACGUCCACCUCAUAUUUCCACUUCCUCUCAGAGAGCUGAACUUGAUGAAGGACCAGAAACUGAGCCUGAUGGAGCUCCUUCAUGUGUUUUUUAAGGAAACAAAAGAAACAGAAAUGUCCAGUUUGGAAAAGGUUCUGUUCAUUUUUGACGGAUUGGACGAGUGUCGUUUUCCUCUAGAUUUCCAGAACACAGUGAGAGUGUGUGAUGUAACUGAAUCAGCAUCAGUGCCUGUGCUGCUGAUAAACCUGAUCAAAGGGAAUCUGCUUCCCUCUGCUCUCAUCUGGAUCACCUCCAGACCUGCAGCAGCUGAUCAAAUCCCCUCUGAGUGUGUGGAUCGAGUCACAGAGGUACGAGGGUUCAAUGACCCACAGAAGGAGGAGUACUUCAGGAAGAGGAUCAGUGAUCAGAGCCUGGCCAAUAACAUCAUCACACACCUGAAGUCAUUAAGAAGCCUCUACAUCAUGUGUCACAUCCCAGUCUUCUGCUGGAUUACAGCCACUGUUCUAGAGAGAAUGUUGGGUGAAGCAGAGAGUGGAGAGAUCCCCAAGACUCUGACUCAAAUGUACACACACUUCCUCAUCAUUCAGACAAACAUCAUCAGAGAAAAAUACUCAAAGAAGCAGGAGAGUGAUGAAGAAAUGCUUCUUAAACUGGGACAACUGGCUUUUCAGCAGCUGGAGAAAGGGAACCUGAUCUUCUAUGAUGAAGACCUGAGAGAGUGUGGUAUUGAUGUGACAGAAGCAGCAGUGUACUCAGGUGUGUGUACUCAGAUCUUCAGAGAGGAGUUUGGGCUUCACCACAGUAAAGUGUACUGCUUUGUUCAUCUGAGCAUUCAGGAGCAUCUCGCAGCUCUGUAUGUGCACCUGACCUUCAUGAAGGAGAACAGAAAUGUUCUUAAAUUGAAUCCAUUCUCUGUAUGGAUGAAUAAAGUCAAUACAAUCUCAAAUUUACAGAUCAGUGCUGUAGAUCAGACAUUUGCAAGUGGAGACGAGUAUGUGACAUCAUCAGAAUACCCACGAGGCAGUUCCCCUCAUUGUUCUGAGUGUUUUGAUACGUCACAUGUCCAUGUUGUAAAAAGUUUUUGGAUUUUGCAUAUUUUGGGGGCGGGGCUGCGGCACAACCGGAAGGCCAGUCGGUACACCAAUUUAAAACUUAUACUUAUAAACCUCCAUACUUUAUAAAGGCCAUUUUGAGAC